ACGUCCACGGACACACCAUGAUCAGGACACUGCUGCUAUCUGCCUUGGUGGCUGGAGCCCUCAGCUGCGGGUACCCCACUUAUGAAGUGGAGGAUGAUGUGAGCAGGGUAGUUGGGGGUCAAGAGGCCACACCCAACAGCUGGCCCUGGCAGGUCUCCCUGCAGAUCCUUUCCUCCGGAAGGUGGCGCCACAACUGCGGAGGCUCCCUGGUGGCCAACAACUGGGUUCUGACAGCUGCCCAUUGCAUCAGCAACUAUCAGACCUACCGUGUGCUGGUGGGCAGACACAGCCUCUCCACCUCGGAAGUCGGCUCCGCGGCUGUUCAGGUCUCUAAGCUUGUGGUCCACGAGAAGUGGAACUCCCAAAACGUCGCCAAUGGCUAUGACAUUGCCAUGGUCAAACUGGCCACCCCAGUGGUCCUGAGCAAGAAGAUCCAGACAGCUUGCCUCCCACCCGCUGGCACCAUUCUGCCAAACAACUAUGCCUGCUAUGUCACAGGCUGGGGCCUGCUGCAGACCAACGGGGCCAGUCCUGACACCCUGAGGCAGGGCCGCCUGCUGGUUGUGAACUAUGCCACCUGCUCCAGCGCUAGCUGGUGGGGAAGCACCGUGAAGACCAGCAUGGUGUGCGCUGGUGGCGACGGCGUGACCUCCAGCUGCAAUGGGGACUCCGGCGGACCACUGAACUGCAAGGCAUCUAAUGGCCAGUGGCAGGUGCACGGGAUCGUGAGCUUCGGCUCCUCUCUGGGCUGCAACUACCCCCGCAAGCCAUCCGUCUUCACCAGGGUCUCCAACUACAUUGACUGGAUCAACUCGGUGAUCGCAAGGAACUGAAGACUUCGCUGCGACUGUCCCCCUGGAAAUGCCAUAGAAAGGAAAUAGUAAUAAAGUAAUUUAUGAAUCACA